AUGAAAGGUUUCUCGAGUGCGCGUUCGGACUACUUCACUGGCUACGUGGCGGUUGCCGCCAUCGUGGGUCCGGAUGGUGCCAAAACAUCCCUCGAAGGUUGCGUGGCAAAUAUGGUUGUGUUGUCGGAUGGAAAGAACGCGGCGCAAGUUCUUGCGAUCGCGCCUCCGUCUGAGUUCGAAAAGGCCGCCCUUCAGUCAGACAGCUACGACUGGGUGGAAAGGUGGAGACGAGUACGAAUCUACCAUGCGCCCGAUGAGUCCCAGGAGUUCGCCAAGGCCUCAAGGCGAGUUGAGCGCGUCCUUGCCCGCAUUCUGAAGCAGCAUACGGCACACGCGGACCCGUCCGUUGCUGAGUCCGUAUUCGAAGAAGCGUUGGUCAAGAAACGUGUGCCGGAUAAGUGCGGCGACGGAGACGUCAAGUUAGAAAUCGCGGAUGUGAAUGCAUUAGACGCGGAUGAACUGGAGCACCUGUUGGCGCAGGUCCCAAAUGAGUGGAAGCCAAUAAUCAAGGCUUCGGGGCCGAAGAACUAUGUUGUUGAGGUCGAAGGUCAGUACAUUCACGAAGAUACCAGAAGCUGGUGGCUAACACCAGCAUUUGCCAAAGGUGUGGGUGUGUUUGGUCUUGGAGUUGUAAGCGGUGUGGGAUUGGCGGCGUUGUGCUCCUACUUGAACGGAUCCCAGGAUGGCUGCUCCAGUGCCCGUGUUUCAGGGCCAGAGUACACGUACAACCCUACUCCGUCCGAUGGUGCAAUAUACACGGAUACUCCGUCCGAUGCUGCAACCCAUAGCCCUACUCCGUUGGACGCUACGAUAUACCACGACGCUACGAGAUACCACUCUACUUUGUCCGACGUUACAACGCCUAUCGUGCUCGUCAAGAACGCUUCCGAGUGCGUCAGUUCCGGUGUUGAUAAGAGUGGCGCAGGGCCUAUCAAGCCCCCGUUCGAUGGAGCAUCAAUGAUUUCAGCACAGCAGUUAGCUUUGCUGAAGGAGGGAUCGUGUAGCGAGACAUUCGCUGAUCUCAAGGCACCACUGAUAGAAGCAACUAUGAACGGCUGGGAGCAGCUCGACUGGUCCGAUUGUUCUGACGGCGGAGGCUGGGUCGUUUGUACAGAUGACCGGAGCUCGAUAUCGGAGUGCUACAGCUUUGGUUAUCCGUACAGGUUCGAUUUCCCCACCGUCUGGGAAGCAGUCGUCCAUCGCCUGAAACCCUCCAAAUGCUCCUUCCGCUGCUUCGAAGAGAAUACGGGAUAUCGUAAAUUUUUCCAGCGCGGAUGGGUGCUAACAGAGUCUAUUGGCGAAGACCCCUUACGGAGCAGUGAAGAACACAUACACGACGUAGGGCUGGCAUAUCCCGGACUAGGCUUCUAUGGACAGAGCGGCUGUAGUCAAAAGUACCAAGACCACUGUGAGCCGCGCAUUUCAGGGGCAGAUUGUUAUUGCCCUGAGGCGACAUUCGAGGCCUAUGUCACUACCCCAUCGGGCAAGUCAAUUCGAUGGGGAAAGAUCAAUCACGUCAAUACCUACGCGGAAGAUCUGCUACGCUAUUAUACCGCAUUUAAGAGACGAGGGUACAAAGUGACACAGUGCGAUUUUCAAUGCAGGAGAUUACAAACGAAAAGUUUUGACGAUGCUUUACGUGACAUUAAGUUCGAAUUUUACCAUGGGCCCCAUGCCACGGAGCCGCCCAUGAAUAGAUCACGUUACCUCGAUAGUCUCUUCUUGUAG